CGUGAUCAGAAAAAAAGCUGUCCGCUACCGGGAGGAAGAGGGCAAGCGUCCUGCUCAGGACAGGUGACUCACCAUGACGACAGAGCUAGGUGAAGCCCAGCCCACAGAGGCGGAGUCUUUCCCUGAAGCUGCCAACCACUCCACACCGAAACAGGGCGAGAAGGGUGGGGUGUCCCAAGCUCAGAGCUCCUUGGCAGAGGACUCAGCCAGUAACCUGUCGUCAAGCAGCUGGAUUGCUCGCUCUCCUGCUAGAAACCCACUGAGCUUUAGAACAAUGCAGGCCAGAGUGACCCUGCUAGAUGGCUCCAUGUUCACCUGCACUGUGGAGAAACGAGCUCGAGGUCUGCAGCUGUUUGAGAAGGUUUGUGAACACAUAAACCUGCUAGAGAGAGACUACUUCGCUUUAUCCUUCAGAGAUGCUGACAAUAACAAGAACUGGUUGGAUCCAGCAAAGGAGAUGAAGAAGCAGGUCAGAGGUGUUCCCUGGAACUUCUCCUUUAAUGUAAAGUUUUACCCUCCUGAUCCUGCACAGCUGUCUGAGGACAUCACCAGGUACUUCCUGUGUCUCCAGCUCAGGCAGGAUAUAGUUUCUGGUUGUCUUCCUUGUUCAUUUGCAACUCACACCAUCCUCGGCUCCUACACAGUCCAGUCAGAGCUCGGAGACUAUGAUCCCGAUGACUGUGGUGCAGACUACAUCAGUGAAUUGUGCUUUGCUCCGAAUCAAACUAAAGAAAUGGAAGAGAAGAUCAUAGAGCUGCACAAAACCUACAGAGGAAUGACUCCAGCUGAAGCCGAGAUGCAUUUCCUGGAAAAUGUAAAGAAACUUUCCAUGUAUGGAGUCGACCUCCAUCAUGCAAAGGACUCAGAGGGUGUGGCUAUUAUGCUGGGUGUGUGCAACAGUGGUCUGCUGGUCUACAGAGAUAGACUGAGGAUCAACAGGUUCUCGUGGCCAAAGAUCCUGAAGAUUUCAUACAAAAGAAACAACUUCUACAUCAAGAUCCGACCAGGAGAGUUCGAGCAGUUUGAGUCCACCAUUGGUUUUAAGCUGUUCAACCAUAGAGCUGCUAAGAGACUCUGGAAGGUGUGUGUGGAACAUCACUCCUUUUUCAGGCUAUUAUCACCAGAAGAAACUCCUAAGAAGUUCCUGACUCUGGGUUCAAAGUUUCGUUACAGUGGUCGGACUCAGAUUCAGAGUCGCAGAGCCAGUGCUCAGAUAUCCAGACCAGCACCACAUUUCCCACGAUGCAUCAGCAAAAGGAGCAUGUUGAGCCGCAGUUUAGAUGGAGCUUCACAGACUGGACCUACCUCCUCUCCAAUUGUCUCUCAAGCCAUCACAGCUUCCCCAAAAGUCAAUGGUGGUGCUCACACAGAUAUGGGUUCUGGGCUGUAUGGAGCAUCUAAAGCCAUCGCCAUCAGUGACCUCAUCACCACGGUAACACCUGAGAAGAGAAUGGAAGAGAGCAGUGAAGUUCAGGUUGAGGAGGUGCAGGAAGUGGAGAAUUUGAAUGAAAAGGAGCAAGAGGAAGAGGAAACCAAAGAAACAGAGAUUUCACAGCAGAGUACUCUGACUCCUCAGAAAGUAGACACCAAAACUGAGCUAACUGAUACUGCUGUGGACGAAGACCUGACAGCUACUGAGUCUGACCAAGAUGAAGAUUUGAAAACUCAGGGAACUUUGGGUAGUCCUGAGGAGAUGCAGAAACCUCAGAGCACCAUCAGCGCUCUCAGACGCUCCUUUUUAGAGGGAGGAGAAGGAGAAGGAGGAGGGAUGACAGAGUGGGAGAAGCGUCUAGCCUCGUCACCUCUCCGAAGGGUUGAUGACUCCCCAAUGAUCGAACCUCUGGAGCCUGAUGAGCCUAAACCUACAUUUGAUGAUAUGUCUCCUGAGCUGACGGCUCUGCUGAAAUCAGCCAGAGAGCAACAAACCUUCAGAGAACAUGACCUGCUGAAGACUUCAGAGAAGGUGGAGACAAUAAUGCUGGUGACAGAGCCACAUGACCAGGACGAGGCAAUGGUGGACCAGCAAAAGAGCCAAGUAGAAUCUGAUACUCCUGCUGGUCUCUUGCUGAGCUCACAGACUUUCAUUACCGAGACCUCCAACACCACUACCACCACUCACAUCACCAAGAUGGCAAAAGGGGGGAUUUCAGAAACCAGAAUAGAGAAGAGGAUUGUGAUUUCGGGAGACCCAGAAGUUGAUCACAACCAGGACUGAAUCUGGACGCCCAAGGGUUUUUAGUGUAGAGUGCAGAGCCAGAAACUGUUCGCUGCAACAUCCACCGAGCAUGGACGAACUGAGGAUUUGGACACACAUUCAUGCAUGGACACUCACACACAUAUACAGCAUCGCCUGCCUAUCUCACAGGGAGUGGGGCCAGUGGCUGAGUUAGCAUUAGUUUGAUAGUGUGACUAGAUGAGUAGAUUUAACUGAAAGUUCCACAUACAACGCAGAGAUGGGAGAGAAAGAUGUGUUUCCAUAGCAACAGACAACCUUCACUGGACCUUCACUAUGAAUCAGCCUUCUGAUGCAUUUACUUAUAUAAGCCUUCCCCCAUACCUCAUUCCCCAACACUCUAAGGUGGGCAUCUGAUUGACUAGCUGACUCAGGUGUGCUUGCUCCUCCGUUGUUGGGAGACAGCAGCUUUUCAAAACAUUUAGCCUCACAUCUGAAAGAUAGUGCUUCUAGCUUUACCUGGUGAGAAACUUGAUGUGUACUAUCACCAGCUGAUCAAAACAGUUUCCUGUCUAACAAGAAAAAACAGCUAAAACUCUGCUUUGAAUUUACCCAUAAUGCAAUAGUAAUGUGCCAUUCGUUAACCUUCCAUGAAAAUGAUGAUGAAUGAUUCAUCUGUGUGUGUUUUUGAUUUCUGUAUCCAUUUAUUUAUUAAAUUACAAACUGAUCACA